AUGGAACUUUUCAGCGAACUAAUGUCUACGCUUGAGAUUCUUCAAAUAACGAGGGAGGUCUUUUCAAAGCUCCCUGAAGAUGAAACUUGGUUUUCGAACCAUAUCAGAUCAUGUCUCGAGCAAUGGUUAGGCCCCCGAGAAUCAACAUUAAAUUUCGAUUCACUCUAUACAGUUCUGGGUCAAGAUCACUCCUUUGACAAUGUUGUGACGAAGAUGAUGCUUGAAAUACUAUCCAGUUGCUUAUGUUUUCGGGAAACUAUCGAGGGCCAGAACAGCCGCCACAGGCAGAAUAGUUCGGCCAAAGAACUUUUGGUGACGGUGGAAAUGAGUAAAGAAUCACAGACGGAAGAUUUGCCUGCUAGACACCAAUUUGUUCCCAACGAGGUCCCAGUCGAGGCUUAUCCCGAAGAUGCUGCCGCUCCUGCUGAGGAAUAUCCGGAGCCCGAGGAGGUUCCAAUCGAAGCGGAGCCCGAGGAUGCAGUUACUGAAGUCCAUCCUGCUCAGGAGGACUCAUUUGCCGAAGAAUUUCCUGCCCUCGAGCGCGCUACUAAGGUCCCCCUAACCCCACAUUUGUUAGAGAACCUUUAUUUGUACGAAAGUUGGGAGAUUCUCUCCCCAAAAGAGGAGGUCGAGGACCAGAACUCUUAG